UGUUCUGCCUUAGUCAUUUGAAACAGAAUGGACAGCGAGCAAAAGGUCAAAGCUGUUGUUGCUGGUUGCAUAUAUUCAGGGCCACAACUGACAACAGAGCCUUAGGAAAAUCAUAAUAUUAAAUAUGGCAAAAUGUUUGGUCAAGAUACGGACUCAACGAAGCCUCCACUUGCACAUGAUGAACCACUGCAGCAGUAAUGUGUUUGUCCGUCUGCUAAAACAUGGCUCCAAGGUCAUACCUCGAAAUGCUGGUGCUCCACUACCUAAAGUGGAUGUUUCUGAACCCUUGAUUGCCAACUCAGACGAGAAUGGAACUCAGUGGGCAGAUCCUCUGAGUGAAGAGGAAGACAGAUUAGAAGAAGACCCCUUGACCAUCUCUGAACUAGCAUACAAUCCCAGUGCCAGGCUGUUCCAUACGCCAGUGGAUGACGAUGAAAUCGAUGUGCUCUUUGACUGUUCAUCUAGGCUCAAGUUAGAAAGAGAAGAUACAGAUUCCUUUGAGGAACUGGAAACAGAUGAAAAUGCCUUUUUGAUGGCUGAAGAGGAGGAGCUGAAGGAAACUCGUAAGGCUAUGUCAUGGAGUUACUCCAUCCUGACCGGCCGUAUAUGGGCCAACCCUAUAGUCAAGUGUUGCACCAGGCUCCUGGUGGUGGGCCUGGGACUGCUGCUGUUUGUAUUUCCCCUGAUCCUCCUCCUUUUGGAGUCAGGAAGAUGGAUUGGACAGAUGAAAAGCACCAAAGAAGAUCUCUGAUGACACUUGUGGACAGAUGGCCUCUGAUGUGUGAUAGUGAUUCUCUAUGCCAUAAGUGGAAUCAGCAGGACAUGCACAUGAUGGACCCAUCCGAGAUUUGUUUUCCACAUUCCAGAUUCAGUAGCUGACUGGGUAGAUAAGUUCAUGAGUGAGCCGAGAGGAGCUCAGCAGUCAUCACUUCCGAGAAGAAAGAAUCAUCACUUGGGCCUCAAGAUUCAGCUGUAGUCACCCAUCCAUUAGUAAAGCUGAUUU